UAGUAGGCUACACUAGACAGCCGAGAAACAGGAGUACGGAAAGAGUAGUUCUACAAAGUGUCAUAACUUAUUUCCACAGCAUUCCACAUUCUGAACGAGACAAGAUGUCUAAUCAACUCGAAGACUUAACUUCACCGACGGAAUAUGCAUCUGGAGAUUUUUAUGAAUAUGCUGACAACUCCACUUUUGACAUUGGAUUUUGUGACAAAAGCCUGGUCCGGGAAUUCCGCAGGCAGUAUGAGCCCCCACUAUACUGGGCCAUCUUCUGUCUUGGUGCGCUGGGAAAUCUGAUGGUGAUUUGGAUCUACCUACAUGUCCGCAACCGCUUCAAGACCAUGACAGAUAUGUACCUGUUCAACCUGGCCUUAGCUGACCUCCUGUUCCUCGGAACACUGCCUUUCUGGGCCGUCGAUGCCAGCAGUGGCUGGUCCUUCAGUGUGGGCAUGUGCAAAAUAGUGUCCGCCCUCUACAAGAUCAACUUCUUCAGUAGCAUGCUGUUGCUCACCUGCAUCAGUGUAGAUCGCUAUAUCGCCAUCGUGCAGGCCACUAAGGCACAGAACCUUAAGGAAAAGCGACUUUUCUAUAGCAAGCUGGUCUGUGUAGUGGUCUGGUUGCUGUCUUGCCUGUUAGCUCUCCCAGAGUUUAUAUUUGCCCAAGUGAAGACCAAUGACAGAAAAGCAACCACCUGUUCCUUGGUCUACUGGAACUAUCAGAACAAUCGCACAAAGAUCCUGGUCCUCUCACUGCAGAUCUGUGUGGGCUUCUGCCUGCCCUUCCUGGUAAUGCUUUUCUGCUACUCUGUCAUGAUCCUCACCCUGUUACAGGCCAGAAACUUUGAAAAGCACAAGGCACUGCGGGUAAUAUUUGCUGUGGUGGCUGUGUUUGUCCUCUCACAGCUUCCGUACAACAGCUUGCUGGUUGUGGAAGCUACUCAGGCAGCCAACAUCACCAUCACCGACUGCACAAUACUCCGCAACUUCGACAUUGCCAGCCAAGUGAUGAAGAGCCUUGCCUAUACCCACAGCUGCCUGAACCCAAUCCUUUAUGUAUUCGUUGGGGUACGUUUCCGCAACGAUUUGCUCAAGGUGCUAAGAGCCUGCACCCGUGGCAUGGGCCAGGGCAAGAUCAGUAAGCUGUCCCCAAGCGUCCCCAAACGCCCAUCUGUCAUGUCCGACACCGAGACCACACUUGCACUCUCAUUAUAACCCCACCUUCAGUCCUGCUGCCCUGGAAUUGUACCAGGUCUAUGUGGUCUUUGUCAGUUUAGUUUCCUGCUGGCACACCCAUUGUAGGAGAGAUGUAUUUUCCAAGACCACAUUUAAAAUGCCUGAUAACUAUAGCUAAUGUUUAUAUUUGGCAAGGAACAACAUGAGUAUACAGAAAUUAUUUGUCCAUAGCCACCAAAUAUGUGCACAUGAUGUCGAUGUGAAGAUUUCUUUGGGCUUUAGGUGAGCACAUCACUAAUAGCCACUUUAACAGAAAGCCUCUCAUAUUUGAUGGAGAUUUUUGAGUGGUAAUUUGUUAUUGUUAUUUCUCAUGAUCUCUCUCAGAAGAAAGUGUUCCAAAACCCUUCUGCGUCUCCGUAGAGUUACCAUAUCUAGUUCAAGGGUCCUUUGUUGGGCUAAGUGGUUUAACCUGGGAGCUUUCACACUUUUCACACAACCAUUAUAGAGCUCAAUGAAGAAAUAAAAAGAGUUCCCCUAUGGAGACAAGCUAAGAAAAUGUUUUUUCUGCGAUUAGUACAGAAGGAAAACCCAUGGUGAUUUAUUCAGCGUUUACUGAAGCUGAAUGUUGACUGAAAUGGCUUCAGGUCAGGGUAAUACACACUGGGAUUUUGUUUGCUGUUUUUCUCAGGCAUGAUGUUCUGUAUUUGAAUUUUUUUGUGUACACCACAUGACAUUGGAAAUCUCAGUGAGGGCCAGAUUUUUCUCUUUUUUCGUCUUAAUUUGCUGUACUUAGAAUCUCCCUAGACACCCAAGCCAGUCUGAGGUCAUCAGGGGCUUCCCCUUUAACCACAAUAUGUUAAUCGGAGGUGCAGAAAAAAGUACCAUCUUGUGACAUCUCCUGGCAAUGCAGUGCCUGGGAAGUUUUUUCUGUAACUGGCAAAAAAAUCUCUCCAAGCAUGUUACAUUGCCUAGUUAUGGUCACAACAAACCAGGUGACAAAUGCUUUUCUUGGCUUUGCUAGAAUCAGGUGAGUAUUACCAUAGUUUUCACCCUGUAGGACACUGUGGUAUAUAUCCUAGAACUGGGAACUGGUGACAAUAAAAACGGGGGAGAAAACAAAGUAAAAAAACAAAAAACAUAAAAUAACUUUCUAAUUGCUUUGCUUGAACAAUGUGAUGAAUUACACUUCUAUUUGAUUGAUCUUCUAUUUUGUUGUUAUAUUGUUACUAUUUUUUGCAUUGUGAUAUUGUUAUUUUGCUAUUGUGUAAUCCUUGUUUUCCCUAACAGGCUUAACUAGUUUACAGUCGAUCCUAGGUUUUUACAUUGCUCUAUUUACCUCCAACCUCUAGGGUUGCUGUUGCUCUUGAGCCCAAUUUUUGUACUUGCCUUCUCAUUGUAAAUUACAUUGCAGUAUUCAAAGCUCCAAGAUACUGUGUUGUUUAAAUUCAUACUAUAAACAGCAAGAGACUGGUAUUGGAGGCCUUUUUUAUAGAGUUUAAUUUGUGCUAAAAAUAAGUUGACUGCUUUUUGCUUCACUUUUGUCUAUGUCAAUUGCCGGUGCCUACUGUCGUUCAUGACGUAUACUCAACACAAAAAUGUUAGGCUAACUGUUUUCUAAAAACAUUUGUACUAUAGCUAUGGCAGAAUUUCACAUCAAAAUCAAUUUCUAAACUGUGUUCAAUUUAACAGAUAAUUGCAUAUGAAUAUUGACUGAAAAUCUACAUUUUGGCAUGAAUUACAGUGAAACACCGAUUAAACCCAUCUUGUUUCCAGAACCAAUGAGGAAAUUGUGUGAGUGAUAAUGCGGACAAAACGGCAGGUCGACAGAGAGGACGACUUGAGAAUGACACAGCAAAAGACAUCAACAGAUUAGUGUAUUAACCUAAAAACAAUAAGCAUCAACAAUAGACAUAGACAAAAGUGUAGUGAAAAGCGGUGAACUAAAUUUUUGGCACAAAUGGAACCCCAUACUUUUUUUUUUACAUCAAGCUAUAUAUUGCCUGUACAAAAGUGUGACUGUCAUGUUUACAUAUGUUGAUCAUGGUAGAAAUUUUGUAUUUCUUGCCUUUAAAUGUAAAUAAUAUGAUACAAAAUAAAAAUUAUUUGAUCUCUC